AUGAUAAAUGUACGCAAACCUACCGAUGGCACCGACAUCUGUACAACCAAUGAGUGUAAAAUUGCUGGAAGUGCUCUUAAAGAAAACCUUAAUGAUAGUGUCGACCCGUGCCAUGACUUCUAUGCGUUCGCGUGCGGGGGUUGGGAGGCGUCCCAUAGGAUACCCAAUGAUAAGGACAGGUUUAACAGUAUUGAUAUACUCGAUGACAAACUUUUAGAUUUCAUGAGGAUAUCGUUGAGUAAAAACUGGUCGACAAGUGAUUCAAAUGCUGUGACCUAUGCCUCCGAUCUCUAUAAGGCGUGUAUUGAUGAAGAAACACGUAAUGCCCGGGGAAUGACUCCUCUUAUUGAGGCACUGAAAUCAGUUGGCGGGUGGCCUAUAAUGGGACAGUCGGAUGGCUAUAAUGACAGUGAAUUUGAUUGGAAGGACGCGUUUGUCAAACAUGUGAUUAAAUCUGAUUCCUCGCCGGUAUUCGCACUAACAGUAGGCGUCGACGCUAACGAUACUCUUGUCAAUAGGUUUUAUUUUGGGAGAUCUUUCUUUGGAUUACACCGGGAUAUAUUGCUUAAUCCAGAUGAUUACCCUGGUACAAACCAGGCUUACAAGUCUUUUAUACUAAAAUCUGCGCUACUAUUGGGAGCUAAACACAAUCUCCAAACCCAAAGAGAUAUUACUGACAUAAUAAAGUUUGAAACAAAAUUGGCCCAGUUCGCACUUCCAGAGGAAGACAAACAAAAUCCUAUCUUUUGGUACAAUAGGAUGACAUUCAAAGAGUUUAAUGAAUUGACAGACAAUAGAGUCGAUUGGAUGAACAUAACAAACACUGUAUACAACGAGUUGAAUGAAACAAUUCGUAUGAAAGGCAAUGAUUUAGUGAUCAUUCAAGACAUCAAUUACUUUAUAAAUGUGACACAACUGUUGACCACAACUCCUAAGAGAGUAAUAGCUAACUAUUUCGGGUGGGAUUUUGUCCGCCAUAUGGGCGCACAUACGGACAAACGGUUUAGAGAUAUUACCUUUAAAUUCAACCAAAUAUUUACUGAAGCGGAAAAGGAUGUCGAGUUGUGGAGGACUUGUAUGGACAGCAUAUCAACCAAAUUGCCGUACGUUUUAAGCCGUUUAUAUGUCGAGAAACAAUUCACACAAAAUGAUAGACAAGAGGCUAUCAAUUAUAUACGAGAUGUUAAGAAAGCUUAUUACGAGUUGAUUGAAGGGAACGACUGGUUGGACACAAACACUAAAAAUAAUAAACAAAGAGUGAAUCCCAAGAAGUGGCCUGGCUCACCUUCCGAUGUGAACGCUUACCACGACUUCACAUCCAACUCCAUCAUUAUCCCUGCUACAAUCCUUAAGUCGCCGCUUUUCUAUAGCAAAGGACCGGCUGCUGUCAACUACGGGGCCAUGGGAUCGGCUAUCGGACACGAGUUGACGCAUGGGUUGGACGACUCGGGCGUUAAAUACGAUUCAAACGGAAAUCUCAAGAAUUGGUUCACAGAAGAAGCGAAGGAAAGGUUUGACGAAAAGGAAAAUUGUUUUGUCAAACAAUACUCGAAUGAAUACGUACCGGAAGUUGAUAUGAAUUUGAACGGAAGGAAUACUUUGGGAGAGAAU